AUGACAGUUUCGCCUCUUCAAGAGACGAAUCUGCUCACCUCUUAUGCAGUACGGGCCGGCGACUUCCUCUUCGACUAUUUUGUGUACGGGACAGAAACGUCUGAUCGCGCGCACGUGAACUUGUUUCUAACGAACAACCCGUUUCAGAGCAGUUACUCCCUACUACCCAGCUUUUUCAGCAGCGUGGCAGCAGAAUCCUACGCAUCCGUAGGAGGGUCUCGAGGCUUCUGUGGUUCCACCUUCGUGAAGUCUGCUCCGUCGGUCACCCGGACAGCCCUUUGCACGCAUUCAAUCCCAAGCAGCAGAAUGUGUAGGCGAAAUGUGCACAGAGGCUUUGAGCGGAGAGAGGCGUCUCAGCAGCGGCAGCAGCUAGCGGAGACACAACUCGAAGACAAGCAGUCGCACGGAAGAGACGGCCGAGGAGGGCAGCGACAGGGACAGCGCCGGCCUCAUUGCCUGCUGGAGACGCUACGAAAAGCUAGCGUGGCUGGCGUGAAGUUUCACCGCGUACGCUUGGAAGGCAGCUAUAAAAGGGUCCGCCUAUGCCGGUAG